AUGUUUUCUUUCAACAAUAGGAUCACGAAAAACGUCAAUGGCCGUCUGGCGUUCGCCUCUACGGUCAUGAUGCUAUCGCAAAUCAAUUUCGGAAUGGACCUUGUUGCUUUCUCAAAUACUCAGGCCAUGAGUUCCUUCAACAAGAAAUUUGGUGCCUACAACGCAAAACUCGAACGAUACGCUUUGGACCCGUACUUCCUGUCACUCUUGAACAGCCUUACCUACGUCGGUCAAGCCUUCGGCGUCAUUACGGGUGGCUGGAUUGCCCGGCGCUGGGGACGACGGGUUUCAUUCUGGGUUAUGUCUUGCUGGGCAAUCCUGUCCGCUAUUUUGCUUGUUACUGCCCAGAAGAAAGAACAGGUCCUCGUCGGUCGUAUUUUUAACUAUGUGUACCUGGGUCAGGAGCUUGUCACGGUUCCUGUAUAUCAGGCAGAAAUUGCUCCUCCGAAGAUCCGAGGGAUGAUUAUUGGCACGUUCCAGCUUGGUACAAUGGUUGGCGCUUUCAUAAUGGCAUGCAUUACGUAUGGCACUAGCAAAUUGAGCUCUGAGAGCGCAUUCAGAAUUCCCUUUGGCGUUUUCUUCGUCAUCCCGGUGGUUGUUUCCGUUGGCGCUUGGUUUAUGCGCGAGUCACCACGUUGGCUUUUAGUCCGAGAACGACCCGAGGAAGCCCUGGAUUCUCUGAGGCUAUAUCGAGAAGGCAAAUUCACUGAAGAGGAGAUUAUGGAUGAAUACCGCGAUCAGGAAGCCAUGAUUAUAACCGUCACACAGGAUAAGGGUACAUUCAAAGAGAUGUGGCAAGGCAUUAACCGCAAACGAUCGCUCAUCGUUAUUGGCUCCAACAUCUGCAUUCAGAUCAGCGGGCAAGGGCUGUUCAGCAAAUACGGCACCAUCUUCCUGACCGACAUCCACGGACCCAACCCUUUCCAGAUGUUUCUGAUCAACACUUCAUUACAGAUUGUUAUCAUUCUGACUGCUAUGUAUCUAUUCGACAGAAUCGGUCGCAAGCCGCCUUUGAUCAUCGGAUCCAUCGUUCAGACAACGACAUACCUCGCAAUUGGAGGCCUCGGCACUAUAUCAGACCCUAGUAAAGGGGUAAAGAUUGGUCUCACGGCCCUAUUUACCGUCUACUACCUGGGCUUCGUGUUCGGUUGGGGGCCAAUCUACCAUAUUAUUUCGUCCGAGAUACCGACCUCACGAAUGCGAGAUAUCACCUACACUGUAUCCAGCAUUUUUACAGUCGUCACACAAUUCGUCGUUUCAUUCACCAUUCCAUAUCUCUUAUAUGCACCAUACGCAAACCUGGGGUCGAAGAUUGGCUUUGUUUUCGGACCAAUCGCCUUUGUCACCCUUCUCUUCGCCAUAUUUUGCGUCCCAGAGUGCCGCGGCUUUUCUUUGGAAGAGAUCGACCAUCUGUUCAGACAAAGGGUACCUAUCAAUCAGUUCCGCAGAUACAAACAUGGCCAGAUCCUCCCAGAGGCGGAUGCUGAAAAAGAAACUGAGAAGUCUGGAGAAGGACCAUCUAUCGAACUAAAAGAAGUUGCUGAAAUGUGA